CAUGUUUUAUUGACAGAUCCCAUACAUUUCAUACAUUUUACUUAAUUCUGUAAGAGCAUGGAAAAAAAGAAAGAUAUUAUUGUAUGUGUACCAGGACAGAGGUUAUGUGUCUCUGACAAAGUUAAUCUAGCUGGAUCUGGGACUUAUGAACAACACGGUUAUAUUUAUUCAAAAUUAGCAGGUGUAGUGAAACUAGUACAAGAGGAAAAUACUCGUACUGUAGAAGUUCAUGGAGUAACAGAACAAAGCAUUGUUCCUGCACCUGGUGACAUUGUGACUGCUAUGGUUACUGUUGUUAACCAAAGGUUUUGUAAAUGUAGCAUAAAAUGUGUAGGUGAUAUUGUAUUGACAAGACCUUACAGAGGGAUUUUAAGGAGAGAAGAUGUACGUGCAGUAGACAAAGAUAAUAUUCAAAUGUACAAGUGCUUCAGGCCUGGAGAUAUUAUUCUUGCUAGAGUUAUGCCAAUGACAGAGGCACAUACUUACCAACUAAGUACAGCAGAAAAUGAAUUAGGUGUAGUGAUAGCACACAGUGAGGAAGGUGUAUCUAUGAUACCCAUUAGUUGGACGCAAAUGCAAUGUCCUAAAACAUUGCGUAAGGAAUUUCGAAAAGUAGCAAAAGUUAUUCCAGAACAUAUUGUUGCAGAACAAUAA